GCCUGCCGCGGGUGCGGGCGCAGGCACGGCCGGGCUCCGCUCCGCGCAGCACCGCGCAGCGCUCCGCGGGCGGAAAAACGGGCAAAACACCCCCAAAUAAGCCAAACUCGCACAGCUUGUCCUCCUUGCUGCAGGAUGAAUUAGGAAGGCAAAGCCUCUUCCUCUGAGCCAUGGAGACGAGGGCAUCCUUCCUUGCCAGCAUGAGAGAGACCCAGCAGCUCUCCCCAGAGAAGGAUCCCAGCCCAGCCAAUGGUGAUGGGGAGCACUUUGAUUCAGAUGAGGGCUCCAGCAUUGAGGAUGCAGACUUCAACUGGGACGAGUUCCUGGAGGAAACAGGAGCCAGUGCUGCUCCCCACACCUCCUUCAAGCAUGUUGAAAUCAGCCUUCAGAGCAGCUUCCAGCCAGGGAUGAAGCUAGAGGUGGCCAACAAGAGCAGCCCAGACACAUACUGGGUGGCGACCAUCAUCACCACGUGCGGGCAGCUGCUGCUGCUGCGCUACUGCGGCUACGGCGACGACCGCAGGGCUGACUUCUGGUGUGACGUGAUGACAGCAGACCUGCACCCCGUGGGCUGGUGCACACAGAACAACAAGGUCCUGAUGCCCCCAGAGGCAAUCAAGGAGAAAUACAUGGACUGGACAGAGUUUCUCAUCCAGGAUCUGACCGGCGCCAGGACGGCCCCUGCCAAUUUGCUGGAAGGUCCUCUGCGAGGAAAAAACCCUGUAGACCUCAUUACAGUUGAUUCCUUAAUAGAGCUGCAGGAUUCCCAGAAUCCCUUUCAGUACUGGAUAGUUAGUGUGGUUGAAAAUGUUGGAGGAAGAUUACGCCUUCGCUAUGUGGGAUUGGAGGAGACUGAAUCCUAUGACCAGUGGUUGUUUUACUUGGAUUGCAGACUUCGACCAGUCGGUUGGUGUCAAGAGAAUAAAUACAGAAUGGACCCACCUGCAGAUAUCUAUUCUCUGAAGACUAUAACUGAGUGGAAAUGCGCUCUGGAAAAAUCCCUUAAUGAUGCAGCAAAUUUUCCUCUUCCAAUGGAAGUGUUCAAGGACCAUGCUGAUUUGAGAAACCACUUCUUCACUGUGGGGAUGAAGCUGGAGGCAGUGAAUAUGAGGGAGCCAUUUCAUAUCUGUCCUGCAUCAGUGACCAAGGUUUUUAACAAUCAUUAUUUACAAGUGACCAUUGAUGACCUGAGACCUGAACCCAGCAAAAUCUCAAUGCUUUGCCAUGCAGAUUCCUUGGGGAUCUUGCCAAUACAGUGGUGCCUUAAAAAUGGAGUCAAUCUCACACCUCCCAAGGGUUACUCUGGCCAGGACUUUGACUGGGCAGACUACCAGAAGCAGUGUGGAGCUGAGGCAGCACCUCACCUGUGCUUUAGAAAUACAUCCUUCAGCCGUGGCUUCACCAAAAACAUGAAGCUGGAGGCAGUGAACCCCAGGAACCCUGCAGAGAUUUGUGUGGCUUCCAUCACCUCAGUGAAAGGACGGCUGAUGUGGCUGCACCUGGAAGGUUCACAGAUGCCCUCUCCAGAGUACAUUGUUGAUGUGGAGUCCAUGGACAUUUUCCCUGUUGGCUGGUGUGAAGCAAAUGCUUAUAACCUCACCCCACCACACAAAGCUGUUUUGCGAAGGAAGAGGAGAAUUGCAGUUGUGCAGCCAGAAAAACAGUUACCAUCCACAGUGCCUGUUGAGAAAAUACCUCAUGACCUCUGCCCAGUUCCUCAGCUAGACACAACAGGCACCAUCAAUGGGAGGUACUGCUGCCCCCAGCUCUACAUCAACCACCGCUGCUUCUCAGGUCCAUACUUAAACAAAGGCAGGAUUGCAGAGCUACCUCAGUCUGUGGGGCCUGGCAAGUGUGUGCUGGUCCUCAAGGAGGUUCUCAGCAUGGUGAUCAAUGCAGCUUACAAGCCAGGGAGUGUUUUACGAGAACUGCAGCUUGUGGAAGACCCUCAGUGGAAUUUCCAGGAGGAAACACUUAAAGCCAAGUACAGGGGGAAGACGUACAGGGCGACCGUGAAGAUCGUGCGCACGUCGGACCAGGUGGCAGAUUUCUGCAGGAGGGUCUGUGCCAAGCUCGAGUGCUGCCCCAACCUCUUCAGCCCUGUGCUGGUGGCUGAAGUCUGCCCCGAGAACUGCUCCAUCCACACCAAAACCAAGUACACUUAUUAUUAUGGGAAGAGGAAAAAAAUCAUUAAGCCACCAAUUGGGGAAAAUAACAACAUGAAAAGUGGCCAUGUCAAGCCAGCCAGACGCAGAAAGAGGCGGAAAUCCAUCUUUGUGCAGAAGAAAAGGAGAUCAUCAGCUGUGGAUUCCAAUGCUGCAGGCUCUGCAGAGGAGAGCGAGGAGGACGAGGCGGACGCGAUGGAGGACGAGACGGGCAGCGAGGAGACGAGCUCAGAGCUGCGCGAUGACCAGACGGACACGUCCUCGGCCGAGGUGCCCUCUGCCCGGCCCCGCAGAGCCGUCACCCUGCGCGCCAGCACCGAGCCGGACAGGCCCCCUGCCCCCGAGAGAGCCCGCCGCAGCCGCAGGACCCAGCCCCACUCCUGCAGCGAGGCGGACAAGGGCACGCCAGCCAAGGAGGAAGUUAAGCAAGAAGAGGAAGAGAAGCUCGUUCUGGACAGUAACCCACUGGAGUGGACUGUGACUGAUGUCGUGAGGUUUAUUAAACUCACCGACUGUGCACCCCUUGCCAAAAUAUUUCAGGAGCAGGACAUCGAUGGCCAGGCCCUCCUGUUGCUGACUCUGCCCACGGUGCAGGAGUGCAUGGAGCUGAAGCUGGGCCCAGCCAUCAAACUGUGCCACCAGAUCGAGAGAGUAAAAGUUGCUUUCUAUGCACAAUAUGCCAACUGACUGCACUUCUGCAUUCCUUCCUCUCCUCCUCCUUGCUCCCCGUCUUUUUUACCAUUUCAGCUUGUUCAAGGGGUUUUCUUCCCCCGUAUCCUUUUCUUUUCUGGGAACAAGUGGAAUUGGAAGCACUGGGAGUAAUCCGUAGGGGAAAAAAAACAAACACAAGAAGAAACGAGCUACAAAUGGAACUAACUUUUCUGUACUUGUAAAGCACAUGGCAAGACUGCUGGCAUCUCGUCAUGAGCCUCUCCAACCCAUUGCCCAGUGGUGCAAGGCCAGCAUGGAUCAGGUGAUUUGUCACCAAACCAAACCUACCAGUGGCAGACACAUUCCCAAGGAGAAGGGUCAGACAUUUCCAGGUGGUCAUGGUUUGUCUAGGACAAUUUCUGGACAUGAACAUUUCUUUCAGACAGCUCUGGCACUCUUCUUUCAUAUUGAAAUGUAAGUCAUUAUUUGUAGGAUUACCUGGGGUUUAACUGCAAGUUUGAUCUUGGUGAUCUUGCAGUGAUUUUUUUUUCCUUCCACCUCUCUGGUUUUACAAAAGGAAAAAGUGUUACACCAGGCAUAUAAUGGUUAUUCCUGACUGAAUUUUGAAAGGGGACUCAACCCAUGGUCUCUGUGAUACCAGACAAAAUUGCAGUGGACUGACAGGGGUGACACAAGACCUGGUGGGGCAGCAGCACACCCUGAGCCAUGCUGGCUCUGCACAAUCAGCUGAAUAUGUCUGUGAUGGGAUCUGUACAGUGCUCCAUUCUUUACAGGAACAUGAAGGCUUUCAUAGUCAAAAUCUUAACUCCAAGUCAAUUUAAAGGCCUGUCUUUGAGCCAUAAGGUGACAGCAGACUGGGAUCAGGGACUCCUGCUGACCCCUGUGCUCAGAAGAGCCUACUGACCAACACCAGGCUGCAGCUGCUGCAUUCUCCUUCACUGGUUUCCUUCUUAAAUUCUUUGGAGAAGAGGGAGGACCUUCAGAUAGAAAUACAUCCAGAUCUUGCCCAGAGGGUGUUUUAGGCAAGAAGCAUUGACUCUGCCAUGCAUCACUUGGGAAUUCCUGGCUUACCUUUCAGCAAGUUUCCUGAUUUGUCCCUGAGGAAUGGGAUUGGUGCAACUGCUGCAGGCUGGACCAGGUGCUGAGACUUCAUCAGAAAUGUUCUUACAUGGGAGAUGAACAGGACUGGAUCUGUUCUCAGCUGUUGCUUUGUUCUGAUGGUCUUCUUCACGUUUUAAUUGUUUCAAGGCAGUAUUAGUUGCCUCUGCAUCAAAUGCUGGGGUUUUGUUCUUCAGAAAUCCAGAAACAGGGUUCUGUAGUGGGGCAGAUGUUAAAAA